AUGGCACAUCACAUGUCUUCGUGGAAAUGCAACGAUGACCCAGCCCAAGGUGAUUACACUUACUGGUUAGAUCUUCAUGGAUACCCACAAAUCUUCGUCAGCAAAGGCUCUGUUGUGUUGUUCCGAGCCGGACCUUGGAAUGGUCUCUGGUUCACCGGCACUGAGACGACACUAACCAAGAAUCCAAUUUUCAAAUUUGGAUUGUAUUUUGAAAAGGAUGAGAUUUACUACUGGUAUGAUCUCCUUAACAGCUCUGUUGCUUCCAGGUUUAUCUUGACUCCCAAUGGCUUUGCACAGAGAUGGACAUGGAUUAAUCAAAAUAAAGGUUGGGUGCUUUAUGUGAAUGCACCACCAACUGUUAAUUAUGAUAGUUAUAAUUUGUGUGGUGCUGAUGGUAGCUGCGAUGUCGAUAAAUCCCCUUAUUCAGGGGUGAAAUUGCCGGAUAUGCUGAGUUCAUGGUGUAAUAGGACGAUGACGCUUGGGGAAUGCAGAGAGGUGUGCUUGAAGAAUUGUUCUUGUAUGGCUUAUACUAGUUUGGACAUAAGAGAAGGUGGAAGUGGGUGUUUGCUUUGGUAUGAUGACUUGGUUGAUAUUAGACUAUUCAAUGAAGGUGGCAGGAGGGAAAGCAUCAACCAUGUUGAGUUUGGAAAUAAGAUCAUUGAAGCGGCCAGGAGGAUGAGCCUUAAUGAAGAUAUCAGCGGGUUGAUCGACUGA